AAAGGAAGAAGCUUUCCCUUCUUCUGUCUUAGGGUUAGGGUUCCUCCGUGGUGGCUGAGGUCGGAUCCUCCGCUCCGAUGGCGCAGCCGAGCGGCCGAUCGAGGGGGACGGUGAAGUGGUUCAACGACACCAAGGGGUUCGGCUUCAUCUCGCCGGACGACGGCGGGGAGGAUCUCUUCGUCCACCAGUCUUCCAUCAAGGCCGAGGGCUACCGCACCCUCGCCGAGGGCGAGGUCGUCGAGUUCAUGGUGGCCGAGGGCGACGACGGCCGCACCAAGGCGGUCGAUGUCACCGGGCCCGACGGAUCCAACGUCCAGGGUGGCGGCGGCGGCGGCGGCGGCGGCAGUGGCGGUGGAGGCCGGAGGGACGGGUACGGUGGUGGCCGCGGCGGCGGCAUGCGCGGCGGGGUUUACGGUGGAGGAUACGGGUUUAACGGUGGAGGUAGGGGAGGUGGUGGGAGGGGAAGGGCCAGCGGAGGGUUUGGUGGCGGUGGGGCUUGCUAUACUUGCGGUGAGACCGGGCAUCUUGCUAAGGACUGUUAUCAGGGUGGCGGCGGUGGCGGUGGCGGCGGCGGUGGCGGUGGCGGUGCUUGCUAUAACUGUGGUGAGAUGGGUCAUCUCGCCAGGGAUUGCUACCAGGGAGGCGGCGGCGGCGGCGGAGGCGGAGUCGGAGGCGGAGGCGGAAGGUACGGCGGGGGAGGCGGUGGUAGUGACCGCUCCUGUUACAACUGUGGCGAGAUGGGCCACUUCGCUAGGGAAUGCCCUGGCAAGAAUUGAGGGUGAAUCACUUGCAAGCUGCGCUUCUCUUUUCUCCUUUUUGGCCACCUAAUGUGAUAGUUAGCUUUUGUGCUGGGUUUAUGUUUUGCAUCUUUUUGUUCUCUCUGGAAUGGAUAUGGAUAUGUUUCGUUAUAUUUGGUCUCUGGUUUGAUUUUGAUGGGUUGUGGCUUAUUUUGGGUUCCUGAAACAAAAAGUAUGGACAGUGAAUACACUGUUUGUAGUUCUUUCAGCUUCUUAAUUUUCAGAUAUAUACAUUGUGUUUUUGCAUUA